AUGGCUGGGAAGAGGAAAUUCGACGACUCCGAUGCUCGUGAAGCCGUUCACGAGUCUCGACAAAUCCAAGUCUACGGCAGCGAUCCAAAACCCACCCCCGCAAAGAAGCCCCGCCGACAGGAGCCAAAGGAGUACAAGAAACAGAUGCACGCGUCAAGCGUCAAUGAUAUCAAGAAGCGCAUACGUAAUGUCACAAGAAGGAUGGAGCGUGUGGAGGACCUCCCAGCAAACGUGCGGGCAGAGGAUGAACGUGCUCUCGCUGCGUACCAGCAAGAACUAGCUGCAGCGGAGGCGGAGAAAUUAAGGCAGAAGAUGAUUAAGAAAUAUCAUAUGGUCCGGUUCUUUGAGCGCCAAAAGGCUACCAGGCAACUCAAGAGGCUCCGGAAGCUUUUGCUAGCAACCGAAUCGAUAGAGGAAGUCGAGACAUUGAAGGCCCAGAUGCAUAUUGCCGAGGUCGAUCUUAAUUACACACAAUAUUCCCCUCUCUGCGAAACAUAUAUUAGUCUCUACCCUCCGCAGAAGAACUCGUCAGAAGACUCAGCAGAUGCGCCUAAAGCAGACGAUUCGCAACCGAAACCACCCAUGUGGUCAGAGGUGGAGAAGUGCAUGGGAGAGGGAACUCUCAACAAACUUAGGAACAGGGUUGGGGCUGUUCCUGCUAUAAAAUCGAAGCCAUCGCAGCAGAUGAAACCUGGAAAGUCAAAAUCACAGCCUGCCCCUCUACCAGAUACAUCGGGACUGAAUAGGAGGCAGAGGAGGAGCCAACAACGGGUUCAAGAGGGGGACAAAAAGGGCAAGAACAAAUCCAUGGGCUUUGAGAAGAAUGCUAUUUUUGGGGCGUCUCAAACCGUAGGGAGAAAGGAAGUUCCGGAAAAUGACGAUGACAGUGAUGGCGGGUUCUUCGAAGCAUAG